AGCUCAUUCAAGUUUUGUCAGUCGGAGAGUGUGCAUUGCUUAAGCGGUGGGCAGAUAUCUUUGCGGUUUUGUGUGGGAUUUUUAAAGCAUUGUUUCAGUACUUUAGAGGGGACAAUACGACACCGUAAGGAGGAAAAAGAAAGACGAGAAGCUCUCUCCAGGUCGCUGUACGCGAGCAGCCCCAAGCCGGGAACCCCAGCAGCCUGUCGCAGCAGAACCAUGGAUGGAUUCUACGAUCAGCAAGUUCCCUUUAUGGUCCCUGGCAGUUCACAGGUGGAGGGGCCUCGUGGGAGACCCGUCAACGAGAGGAAGAGGAAGUUUCUGGACACAGAACUGGCUCACGACUCGGAAGAACUCUUCCAGGACCUGAGUCAGCUACAGGAAAUCUGGAUAGCUGAAGCUCAGGUUCCUGAUGAUGAGCAGUUUGUCCCAGAUUUCCAGUCUGAUAACUUGGUGUUCCACGGUCCCCCACCUAACAAGAUCAAGCGAGAGUUGCAGAGUCCUUCCAAGGAGCUGUCAUCCUGCAGGCAGGAACAGAACCUCAGCAUGCCCUAUGGAGAGAAGUGCCUUUACAGCUACAGUGCCUAUGACAGAAAGCCCCCCGUUGGGUUCAAGCCAUUAACGCCUCCCUCCACGCCUGUUUCACCCUGCGGCUCUGCUCACACUCCGGUAUCUCGCAGUGUGGCGCUCCACGAGCAGGCCUCGCCUCCAGUCCCCGCCCAGGCGCAGGGAGCCCGGCCCCUCCACGGACAGACCCCGCCCCCGGGCUCCACGCACAGUCAGAGGCCACACCCACUCCACAGCCAGACUCCUCCCUUUGCAGUUCCCCGCCCACCUGUUGCCUGCCCUGAAGGAGCCUACAGCACUGAGCACAGGUUUCACCGGCAGCUCUCCGAGCCCUGCCUGCCCCGGGGCUGCCCCCCCUACCCAUCCCCGGCCCCCAGCACCGCCGCCCCCCGAGACGGCCGGCCCCCCUACCACCGCCAGAUGUCGGAGCCGCUUGUCCCAGCGCCCCCGCAGGGCUUCAAACAGGAACUGCAGGAUCCCCGAUAUGCCGAGCAGGGGGCCGUCGCCAUGGGGCCCCCCCAGCCUGCCUUCCACCCCCUGGCCAUCAAGCAGGAGCCCCGAGACUACUGCUUUGACUCAGAAGUGCCUAACUGCCACUCCUCGUUCGGGAGGGGAGCCAGCUUCUACCCCAACAGCCAUGACGGCUUCGCCUUCGACAGAGAGCCCCACAUGUACUAUGAUGACACCUGUGUGGUGCCCGAGAGGCUGGAGGGGAAAGUGAAGCAGGAACCGGUGGUGUAUCGCGAGGGGCCGCCCUACCAGCGCCGGGGUUCCCUGCAGCUCUGGCAGUUCCUGGUCACUCUGCUGGACGACCCGGCCAACGGCCACUUCAUCGCCUGGACUGGCCGCGGCAUGGAGUUCAAGCUCAUCGAGCCGGAGGAGGUGGCGCGGCGCUGGGGCAUCCAGAAGAACAGGCCUGCCAUGAACUACGACAAGCUGAGCCGGUCGCUGCGCUACUACUAUGAGAAGGGCAUCAUGCAGAAGGUCGCGGGAGAGCGGUAUGUGUACAAGUUUGUGUGCGACCCCGAGGCGCUCUUCACUAUGGCCUUCCCCGACAACCAGCGGCCCAGCCUGAAGUCCGAUCCGGACAGCUUGACGGGGCCCGAGGACGACACCCUGCCCCUCACGCACUACGACGACGGCGCCCCCUACCUGGUGGACGGCGCAGAGCAGUGUGUGACUGGCCUCCCAUUUCACGAUGGCUAUGUGUACUGACUUGCCCCCUCAGCUCCGACUGCAGUGCAGGACCAGGGGACUGUUUACCUUGACCCCUUGCCUCUCUCCUGUCUGCUUCCAGAUUCAUAUCAAAAGGAGGAGGAGGAGGAGCCUGCGCCCUUGCUCUCCUCCAUGAUUGGGCUCUGGAGCUGAGGGGGUGUGGAUAGACUCUGGACUCAGCUGGCUCCACCCCCUCCAGCAAAGGGGGAGGGGCCACUAUUGCCAUGGAAUCUGGGCGGGGCCAGGGGAGAGGCGACAGUGCCGGAGAGCCGAUGGCUCUUUCUGCACAGACUGUGUGAAACUGUAGCAUUUCCGUACUGACAAUCUGCUUUUUCUAAGAAACCCAUUGGGGUAAAAAAAAAAAGGGUUUUCAAAACCACAAUACAGUUCUAUAGGUUUUUUGGUCCCUCUUUUUUAUCUGUAAUUUUAGGGGAAAAGUUUUAAAAAGAAAAGGGCUUCUAUUUGCAAAAAAAAGCGUUCUGCAAGUUUUUUUGUUUUCAAAGAAAACAAGUACAAAAGUGACUUUUUAUGAGAAUCCCUAACAGUUAGGCCUGCGCUGUCGCAAUGUAGUUUUUCCGUUUUGAAUCUGAUCAAGCCUGGUGGUUCCUUAAAACUCUCUGGUCUUUGACUUGUUUCCCCUUGUCUGACGGGUCUCUAACAGAGGGUAACACUUCCCAGAUGGAGCCUCUGUUGCCUUUGUGUUGGGACGAGAUUACCUUGCGUACUGUUUCAGCAUGAUGGAAGACGUCACUCUGCAAAGCCAGUAUCAUGACGCUUUUCUUCAUUUUAUUACAUAUGUAAAGCUUGUCCGCCAGCAAGAGCUUGUAGUGAUUUCUUUUCGCUAAACCUGCCAGCUUGUACAGUGAUGGACUUGUGCUGUUGCCAACAAUCAAUAUGCCAGUGACAGCCAGGUGAGGCCUGAGCCCUUAAAAGCAGGUACCCCCGCCCCCCCACGUUAAAACGAGAUGGGGACAGCAGUUGAACUUGAGGAGCUCCAUAACUCAACUCGUCCCCCACACACAGGCCUUCUGCACAGCACCUUGGUAACAGGAAGUGAUGCAGCAAAUGGUCACAUGACCACUCCCAGGAGGCUGGUGACAACUGAUGUUUUUUUUUUGUUGUUGUUGUUGAUUUGUGUGUGACAGUUCAAAAGGGAUGCACAUGACAGUAUUUUUUUUUUCCUGAAGCUUGGAAAGUUUAUAAAUACAUAUUCAUUAAAAGGAAUUAAAAGUUUUGUAGGGGUCUUUUUGUAUUUAGAGCUUAAAGUUUCUUUGGCACUGUUCUCCUAUGAGAUUUUGGCUAACUGACUGGAAUGGACAGCAUUACCAGCCUGCCUGGGGUGGGGAGGGCAGAUUUACCCUACUUUUCAGGGACUGGUAUGUAAAAGCACUCCCCCUCCCACCACCCCAGCUUCAUUUCAGUGUCUCUGUUCCUCUGUGUGCAGAAGACCCUGCCUUUCUCUGCAUGGUGUAUUAGACAGGCUACUGCCCACUGACAUAUCGCUUUACAUGCGACAAAGAAAUUGUGUAAAGUUCUCUGCAUUUAUAUUGUUUCAUGGAGUUGUUUUUGAAAAAAAAUACAUAUAUUUUUGCAAAGGCUGCAUCUGUUUGUUUUGGAUUUAUUGUAUAAGCUGUAUAGUUCUGCCUUUUACAAAUCUGUAUAUCUCUAACUACGAUCCCUGUGACGCAGUGAUGUUUGAAUGAGUUACAAAGACCUUGCCCUUUCUUUGGGGGGUGUAGGGUGAGGACUGAGGUGUUGUGAGCCCCCAUCCUCUCUCGAAGUUAGGGCUUGUCUGAGCUUGUACAGGCUUCACCUACCCUCACAAUGUGUCCCUCACACUGCUGAGUUAAUCUGUACUGAGUACAAUAAAGAAUCCUUUCUGCUUCA